UUGUAACUUAUAUACAACAAAUUUAUUAACGAAAAAAAUAAAAAAAAUGUAUUCAUCAUGCUGCUUUGCAUCUUCAACUCCUGGCGAUACCUCAUUAACUUGAGAUUCUCUUGCGUAGAACUGUGCAUUGAUUCAUAAACUCAAUAGUACAGUUGGAGAAGUGUUCAACGAAACGUGAACUUCAUGAAGUCAUUCUAGCCAUAUUCUGUAAAUUAAAUUAAUAAUUAAAAUAUCGUAAGACUUUAUCGCAGACAGAAAACUACAUUUUGAUUUACUAUAAAUUAUUUAUAUAGACAUAUUUUUAAUUUAUAUUUUAAACAAUAUCUCUAAUUUCUAACUAAUUCUUCAUUGAUUUCUAAAAGAGUCGCCUAAUAGAACGCUUCUUACGAUCUAGAGACCCGUAACAUACGGUCAGACGACAGCAAUAGGGUUCCGCUUUUACCCUUUGGGUAUGGAAGCCUAAAAAUAUAAAACUUCUUUAAAGUAAUUUUAGAGAUAUCUACUUGUUAUCCUAUAUUAAAUUGUACUUCGAAUAUAGAGGAAACAAUACAAAUGUUGUUGUAUGGUUUAUUUUUUAUAUUUUUGGUGGUUCCAUUAUCCAGUCAUUCUGUUAAUAUGACUUGCAAUUGUACUACGAAAGAAGGAUACUUGAAUAGGUACAGUUACUAUGAUGUUCGUCUAUUAUUGAAUAUUAUUAUAAGCCUUGAACAUUAAUAAAAUUGCAAGCUCAUAUUGCCUGCUCUUCAUAGAUGAAAUAUGUUUGAUGGUCGUCAUAUAUUGAAUUACUUAAUUUUAUAAAGCACCUACCAUAAUAAUAUGCUAGAUCAAAAAAUAUAUUAUAGAACUAAAUUCUUAUUUUAAUAUAUGAGGCAGACAUUUUACCAACCUAAUAUUUAUUAUUUUUACUAUAUUCUCAAUUAUGGUUCAUUUGAACUUUUGUCAAAAUGAGCAAUUCAAUGAGCAUUUACCGAACUUAUAAUUAUGUUAUGAAAAAAGAUAAAAAUUCUUGUUACCUGGUACUGUUAAAUGCUUAUUAUAAUAUACAUCUUGAAAUGGGUUGCGAAACAUAUGACACAUGUUACUGUUUCAGGUACGGCAGUAGAUUAUCUUUUAUAUAUACCUUUGUAUUUUUUUUAUGUUCUUAUACAAUUGGUCGCAUUAUUUUGCACUGAGGAAUAGGUAUAUUUAAAAGAUUAUUAUGAUCUCCAGUCCUUAUAAUCCUGAAAAUAAAGAGGUAAAUCCUCUCUCUACAUUUUACUGGAUACCUAAACUUUAGAGUCAGGAAAAAUACCACAGUAUCAUUUAUUAUGAUUCAUCAAUUAACGUUUUUGAAAUUUCAGUUCAUACUUUCAUUCAGAAUUGCUUUGAUUUUUUUUAAUAAGAUUAUUUAAAAUUAUAUAAAAACUAUUAACUAGUUAAUAAAUCAUUGAAGGCAUAUUAAUUACAAAUUUUUAAAAAUGUUCAGUUCUAUGGAUAUCAGAUAAUCUCCCCUUGAAAAAUUCAGUAAGUGACUAGUUACGUCUUAUGUUUAAUGUAAAUUGACCAUUGCCUUGUUGUUUGACUUAAAAUCCUGGAUAUGUAAAUGCGAGAGUAAAAUAUACCAUUUUCUUAAUACACUAAUUUAUUUUUCAGUUUCCAUAAGAAUGAGAUAUGAAAGUAAUUCCUUUCAAAUAAAUACAAUACAACACAAUUAUUUUCAUAAUUUUAUUUGGUGCUUAAAAUCUAAAUAAAAUAUGGUACCUACCUACCAUUAAGAAUAUUAGGUAUGUCCACCUACAAAUAAAGUAGAUUAAAGAUGUUUUGGUAAAAACUUUUAUCUGUGGAGCUUAUAGAGAAUUCAUACUUUAUACAAUAACUUUUUCUCUGAUACAUUCCUUCAAUGCAAACAUUUUUUUAUAGUCCCAAGAAAUACAUUACGUCAUUUAGUCAAUUCACACAUUACUAGUCACAUACUUAAAACUUGAAAUACUGAAUAUGUAUCUCUUCAAUUACACCUAACACAAUACAUUGUCACAAAUAGUAUAUAACCAUAAUGCUUCAUUAAAUUGGAUCCAGCUAUAAUAUUUCGAGUGUGUGGUAUAAGAUGAAAAUCAUACUCUGUUAGAGUCAAACAGAUCACCAACUGCCUGUAAUGCAAACAAUUUUAAAGAUGCUUAGAUUAAACUCAUUUUUCAAUACUGUUAUAAAGAUAUCUCUUGGAUAACAUUAAUGAUACACCUUCAUAUGAAAUAAAUGGUAUAACAAAAAUAACUCUUUAAACCUUAAUGUACCUACCUAAUAUUUUUACUUAUAAAUGGAAUUUAGAGAAAUAAGUCUUAUUCUUUCUGAUUCCUUGAGUACUUUAAUCCUUACCUAUAAGAAAGGUUUACGUUACCAGAAAUGUGGUACUGUUCUAUUGAAUAUCUCUCUUUAAGUUCUAUUGUUAUAAAACAGAAAUUUAAUACUUUCUAUUCAAAAUCUGAAUAAACUACGUUAUAUUUUGUAAUAAUGCAUAGUACUCUUCCAUUGAAGAUAUUCUAGUAAUUUAAUUACAACUGCACUUAGUUCGUAAUUUAAUAACAGUACCACAUAGUACCUAAUAUUAUAAGCAUUAAUGUACCAGACAAAAUUAUGACAAACUUUAUUUAUUAUAUAUGGAUGGAUUUCUAAAGCUAUCUCGUACAUCUAUAGCCUGUUUCCUCAUUUGUUAUUAAUAAAUUGUAAGAAAUAAUAAUAUGAAAAAUGGUAAUGGCCACAUAUUUUUCCUCAUCAUAAUGUAAGGUACCACUAUUCUUGUUUCUUAUAUAGUAGGUAUAUGUUCGUUCAACAACAACCAGAUUUUGUUGUUUUAAAAAAAAUACCAUUCUAACCUACCAUACUUAAUACUAUUUCUUUUCUGAAACAUAUCAGUUAAACUAACCUAGCAUUGCAUACUUUAAAAACCUUAUACUCCUAUUAACUUUCUCGGAGACAAAAGGUAAACAAACUAUAAAAAGCUUUUUCAAUGGAGAGUUGUUAUCAAAAAAUAUUAUUAGACAUUAAAAAUUCCCAAAACUGUAGCUAUUACCAAACUAUGAAUGCAUUAUAAAUCUACUAACUUGAAGAGUGCUGAUAAAUCAAAUAAUUUACGUUGAACUAAGAAAUUUUGUAAUUAGUCUGGUUACACCAGCCAUCGUAAGGAUACAUUUGUUUCCCUUUUGUCUCAGAGCAAGUUAAAUAGAGAAUAGUAUGAAACGAUAUUUGGUUUCUAUUAUUAGUACUAGUUUGUUUGAUAUGAAUACUUAGUAGUUUAAUAUUUCCCAUAAUUACCAUAGUUGUUGCCGUACUGCGACUGUGGUUGCGGCUGCUGGUAAGAGUUGUAGGCGGGCUGCGAGUACGAGUCGUAGGCGGGCGCCGCGCCCCCGUAGGCCUCGCCCGCGCCGUAGCCCGCGUCACCAGCGCCGCCGCUACCGCCAUAACCAUCAUUUUCAUAGCCACCUUGGCCACCAGUAGAAUAGCCGUAACCCCCCGAGCCAUAACCACCGGAGUUGUAACCUGACGGCUGCGAGGCAGCUGGCGUCGAAUAAUUAUUACCCUGGUAUGAGCUGGCAGUAUUAUAUGACUGCUGGGCAUAAGGAUCUUGUGCUGGCGCCUCGUACGGCUGAUAACCUGUAUGCGAUGGUGGUCCGUAGCCAUUGGAUGGUGGUGCAUUAUGUUGUUGCUGCUGGUAGCCACCCGAUGGUGGUGGACGCCCACCACCUCCUCCCCGUGGGCCAUCAAACCGUCCUCGCUUGGGUGGUCCGCCGGGACCUCCGUGCGGGGGUCCUCCGCCGCGCUUGAAGGGCGGCCCCUGGGACAGCGCGGGCGGUGCUGCAGCGCGCGGCGGAAUGUUGGGCCCGCUCGACGGCGCUCCAGCCCCACCUACUCCGCCGGGGCCUCCGCGACCACUUCGCCCUCUCAUUGGCAUUCCACCCCUACCGCCACCUCGGUCACCCCUUGGGACAAAAUCACCACGACCUCUUCCUCCUCGGCCUCUCAUUCCACCUGGCCCACCUCUAUUGUUGAAUCCUCUUUGAGGAGGUGCACCUCUGGACUCGAUUGUGGGGACAGGAUGUGGGCCAGGCCCUUGUGGCCCCGGCGGGAAGCUACGUCCACCCCGAUCACCUCCACCACCACGCAUAGGUCCUCCACGGAAACCUCGCGGACCUCCAGGACCACCCCUCAUGGGUCCACCACGUCCCCGCAUACCGGGACCACCACCUCGUCCACGCAUAUCAAAUCCACCACCACCUCUUCCUCGCAUAUUUGGUCCUGGAGGACCGCCACGUCCACCACCACGGAAACCACGGCUUGGGGGUCCAUCCAUGUUUAAGAACAAAGGCAAACGCCUACCAAAUCACAGAAUACAGUCACAAAUAAUACAGAUAUUCUAGAUUUGUGAUUGGUAAACGAAGUAUCACUAAAACGACAGUCAAAUGUUGGAAAUUCCUCCCUCGUUUCAAAAAGCGUAGCGUCACUUUUAAUUUAAAAUGAAAAUGGCGGAUUUGGUUGGCCGAAAUUGGCGGCUUGUCGG